UCAUUCAACCUGGGGAGACACAAGGGCACCCGCAUUACAGAGAAACCAUGGAAAUGUGGAGACUGUGGGAAAGGAUACAAUUACCCAUCUGAACUGGAAACUCAUCGACGCAGUCACACUGGAGAGAAACCAUGGAAAUGUGGAGAUUGCGGAAAGGGAUUCAAUUACCCAUCUCAGCUGGAAAUCCAUCGACGCAGUCACACUGGAGAGAGGCCAUUCACCUGCUCCAUGUGUAGAAAGGGAUUCACAGAGUUAUCGAAGCUCCAUAUGCACAUGCAUGUUCACACUGGGGAGAGACCAUUCCCCUGCUCACUCUGUGGGAAGGAAUUCACGCAGUUAUCCACCCUGCUUACUCACAGACGUGUUCAUACUGAUAAGAGACCUUUUCGAUGUUUGGAAUGCGAGAAGAGUUUUAAAAGUCGAACUGAGGUGCUGACGCACCAACGCACUCAUACUGGGGAGAGGCCAUUCACCUGCUCUGUGUGUGGCAAGGCAUUCACUCAGUCUUCUACCCUGCAGAAACACCAACGAGUUCACACUGGGGAGAGGCCAUUUACCUGCUCCAUGUGUGGAAAGGGAUUCACUCAGUCAUCCAGCCUUGUGGAGCACCAGAGAGUUCAUACUGGGGAGAGGCCAUUCACUUGCUCCCUGUGUGGGAAGGGAUUCACCCAUUCAUCCCAUCUGCAGACACACCAGCGAAUUCAUACUGGGGAGAGGCCCUUCACCUGCGCUGUGUGUGGAAGGGGAUUCACUCAAAAAUCCAGUCUUCUUGGGCACCAGCGACUUCAUACUGGGGAGAGACCCUACACCUGCUCUGCGUGUGGGAAGGGAUUCACUCGUUCAUCUAAUCUGGUGACUCACCAGCGAAUUCACAAGUGACUGCAUAAUGGUCUUAGGAUAGAUUCUGCUACUAAUCACACACACAAUAGAAUUAUGUUCAUUCAGAUAGUUGGAGUUCCUUUCAAAUAUUAUCCGCAUAUUAAAACUGGAUGCUAAAAUUGUGGAUAAAAUUGACAUCAGUUAGCCUUGUUUAAAACAUUAUGAUUUUGCCCACUUGACUUCUUAACGCCAGGCUGUAGCUCAGAAAAGACACUGUCAGGAGUGGAUUGUACAGUAGGAACAAAACUUCAGCCAGACUUGAUCUUUCAUUAUCCCCCUUAGUGUUUCUCAUCUCUCUUCACUGAUAACAAACUUACCACGUGGGGUUAAUUCUGAGAUGUGUAAGCAAUGUGUACCAGCAGUUCUUUUCUAUAGUCCAGACAUGCACAGAAGCUCCUUUUACUGUGGUUUUUCCUGACUGUAAACACAAGUUAACGAUGGAAUCAUGCUGUUCCUGACUGAAAGUUGACCAGUAGAACUAAACUUUGAUUUGAAAUUGAUUAUGGUAAUUAUUUUGCAUAGUUUAAAUGUACUUCUGUGAUAUUUGGAUUCUAACAUUUUAAGACGGAUAUUAUUUUGUUUAAAAGCAGCCUUUUUGAAAGUAGAUUUGUUAACAUAUUUGUUAACAUAUUUGAUUAAAAUAGGAGGAUUUUGUGGCAACCUGUUCAAUGUAACCUCUAUUCAUAAAUCAACUGUUAGUGUCCAGGUAUCAUUCAGGUAAAUCCGUGUUGCUGUUCCCCUCCAGGAUAGUCUAUCCUUCCUCUGUGGUGCAAAUCUAGAAUGCAUUGCCUGGGAGUGUAGUAGAGACAGGAACCCUCAACUUCGAUGUAUCCUCCAGUUGUGUUCUUGGCAGGAUUUAUAAUCUCUUGCUUCUUUUCCAGUUAACGCUGAUCUCUAAAAUCUUUCUCUCAUGGACAGAGCAGGCACAACUUUUUCCUCCCAAUGUCAAAGUCUGGUAUAUUCAGAUCCUGGUGAAUGGAGUACAUAGAACAUAGAACUGUACA